UGGAUUUUUUGGAACGGACUAGGCGUUAUCGAAUUAGAAUUCUGCGAAAAAUAAUAGCGGUUUAGAAGCAGAUACGAGGCUUGCGGCAACGUACGAAAUCAGUUGCAAUGCAGAAGCGAGGCGAACAAGACGUCGAAGAGUAAAAUAAAAUAAAUCAAGUUGCACAACGUAGGGGCUCUGUUGUUCUCACCUAUUAUUUUACAAACAUAAAAUUUGGUGCCGUGACCAGGAUUUUAUAAACAUUUAGUGUCGUAGUGACAAAGUUGUUGUAAAAUCGGAGGGAAUAUUGUCGACGUCAGAAGCCGAAGAAAGUUUUCAUGGAUUUGCUGAGGCUGGUCCUGAAGAAACGAUGGUUGUUUCGAUCGCGAAGGAGCUUGCUUUAGUAAAAGCUGAAAGAGACAGUUUGUUGCGUUGCAUCGCAAGAAUAGAAGCGUUCGCAAAGGAUCCUCAAGGAGAAUCACGCGAGCUAGUGAUUGCGCGUGCGCAGCGGCUGGAAAAGUACUGGGAAAGUUUCCAGAACCUAACGCGUGAAGUACGCCGGUUGAGUGGCCCAGUAAACGUCGAAGAAAACGAUGCUCUGUUCGAUAUGGUCGAUGAAAGGGUUACGGUUUUGAUGGGGCGAUUAAAGCCACUCGAGGCUGCCGAAUGCAGUGUAAAAGCAGAAUCCAUGACAAUGAAGGAAACGCAAGGCAGUUUGAAAUUGCCACGGAUUACAUUACCAAGCUUUGCUGGUAAUUAUGAUGCAUGGAUGCAGUUUCAUGACAUGUAUCUUGCCAUGAUACACAAUACAAAAACAUUAAGUGAUGUAGAAAAGUUAUAUUAUUUGAAGAGCUCAUUGAAAGGAGAAGCUUUGAAGAUAAUAGAAGCAUUUCCAACAUGUGCAGCGAGUUACCAAGCAGCAUGGAGUGCGUUGGUAAACAGGUACGCGAACCCGUAUCUGCAGAAAAAGCGUCACGUCAACGAAUUGCUGAACUGGCCGAAAAGCAAGAAGAUUAGUGCAGGCAACGUGAAUGCAUUAAUAGAAGGCUUCGAGCGACACACCAAGCUCCUAGAACAGUUAGGCGAAGAACCAAAGUUGUGGGGUGUGAUACUAGUGCAACUGCUUGUUACAAAGCUCGACGAUAUAACGCAGCGCGAGUGGGAGCGUACCGUUGAGGACAGUGGUAACACGGAUUACAUAAAGCUUCCUGGUAAUUUGGUGGCGGCCGAUCCGGACAUGGAGAAUGGUGGUGAAGUUGAUGUGUUGCUGGGGUCCGAAUUCUUUUUUGAAUUUUUGGGUUUGGAUAGCGGCCGGCAGCAAAUUAUAAAAGACAACGAUGGCAGUCCACUGUUCCUGAACACUGUUUUCGGCUGGAUUGUUACUGGUUCAAAAGAGAUGAAAAUCUGA